AUGGCUUGCAGAUGUCUCCGCCUGAAGAAGGAGUGUACACCUUCCAUAAUUGUGCGCCGUCACAAACCCAGGUCUCAGGCUUCAAAUCGGGUGACACGCCUCGAGGAAAAGCUCGAUGAUCUUGUCUCGCUCCGGAGAGCCGAGAAAGGUCUGCCGCCAGCGCAAUCGGACCGAGACGCCAUCGAUGAGGAUGGCUGCGAGGAAGAUGAAGAUGAUGACCAAGACGAUGCGGAGUUAUUACAAAACCCGACUCCCGAUGCCGCCAUCCCAACACCUGCAACGACAAUUGCGAAAUGGCCCUCUGCGUCUGGCUCACCAGGGGGAUGGGAGAUUCCUUCAACAGACGGGCUACCCCCAGCUGAGGCAGAAGAGUCGCUGAGAAAGUUCAGAGAAGAGACCAUUCUGUUCUUCCCAUUUCACUAUAUACCACCACACGUCUCCUCUCAGCAGCUUAAGGAGACGUAUCCGUUCCUAUGGCUAAACAUCAUGAGCGUGACAUCCAGGUCUAACAAGCAACGACUGGCGCUCGGAGAUACGGUCCGAGAGAUGAUAUUUCAAAAGAUAGUUAUAGAACGAGAGAAGAAUCUAGAUCUUCUUCUCGGGUUAAUAGCUACCCUGGGAUGGGCCUCGUACGCCACGAGGGGACCAGAAGGGGUGCGUUGGUCUACUGUUCUUGACGAAUACGCCAGUCUUCUCACUCAAACCGACCUCGACCAGGACAAAAGCCUCGUCGCUUUGGUUCGCAUGCAGUUGAUCAUCAAUCAAAUACAGAGUAUGAAUCUGAUGGGGUCGAAUCCAAAUCAGGAGUUGCGCGAACUGUAUACGUCCACCCUGCGCUCACAGCUUCAAGCCAUCAUUGGCAGCGAGAAGCUCGGCCCGGCUGCAUCCACACACCCCGCUGUGCUUGAGCACUACCAUUUCACCGAGCUUCUCAUUCUCGAGUCGUCCCUAUGUUCUUCACAUCAAUCCACUGAUUCAGAUCUGAAGAGAUUUGAGGUCCACCAAGAGCAACUAAAUUCUGUCAGAGCAUGGCUCAGCACUUUCUAUACAACUGACGUCCGAUUAUAUGGCGACAUGGCGCUGUUCAGCCACUCGGAGCUGGUCCGGGUCAUGGUAUCCUUGCACAAGUUGAACACGCUGGAUGACACUGCUUGUGUUCUGUGGUCUCCCACCUGCAGGACAGUGGAAGACGAAGCGUUUACGUGGGCUAUCAACGUCUUUGAAGGCAUGAGGAAAGCAUGGAAGGAUGAAAUGACCGGGCUCGAGGACUUUGGCAGCGGCAACGUGGGGGUUGUAUCACAUAGUUUGAUGGCUAUGCCUACGUACAGCGCUACCGAUGCGUGGUGGUCAGAUGUAUUCAAUAUCUGA